AUGUCGAAUCCAAAAGAAAUUGACAAGUCGAUCGCAACUGAUACUAUUAUAGCUGAAAUCAAUUCAUCUCGUAACGACAAACAAAUCGAUUCAUUUUCUUUCACUUCUGAAGAACUUCAAAAUACGAUUCGUAUUGAAGGUGAAAGUUCAAAUUCAACAAAUGAAUCAUAUUGCAGUAACAAAAUUGAAGAAUCUGAAUAUAAACCAGAUGUCCCUAUAGAAUUUGUACCAGAUUUGGAAGUAAAAAUGUAUACAGAUUAUGCAGAAAUGGCAGGUUCUCAUACAAGACUGACUAGCCAAUCAAAAUACUAUAGCCAAAUAAUAAAAGAAAAAUAUGUUAAAUGCAAUAGGGGUGGAAAGGAUAAACCAAAACCUUGUGAUACGUUGGCUACAAGUUCUAUCAAGAGAAAACCAAAUUCAAACAAGAUAAUUACUGGGUGUACAACAAAGAUUAUAUUUGAAAAUGUUUAUGGAACAACAAAUUACAAAGUUGAGAAAUUCUUUGUAUUGCACAACCACCCACUGGAAAGUAUAGAGGAAAGACCUUAUACGAAAAAGGCAAGAAAGAUGUCAUAUUCUGAAAAAGAGUUUGUAGUAUGUGCAUCAAAAGCUAAAAUUGGUCCGACAAUGGCUCACAAAAUACGAGCAGUUUUGAAAGGAGGAUAUGAAUAUGUAGGGGCGAAGAGUUUGGAGAAGUUAUAUCUUUUGAUGCAACUUUUAGAACAAACAAGUAAGUUAAUGUAUAAAAUGGUAUUUGUUCCAUUCACAGCAGUUGACCACCGCAAGAAAUCAAUUACUGUUGGUGCUGGGUUGCUGAGUAGAGAGACAAUUGAGUCGUAUGAAUGGUUGCUUAAAGCUUUUCUUAGAGCUCAUGAAGGGAAAGCACCAAAAAUUGUUACUGGCGAUAUAUUUAAAAACAAAGACUUCAAGAAAAGAUUUAACAAGCUUGUUUGGAACAUGCAUAUCAAACCUGAUGAGUUUGAAAAGAAGUGGGAUUUGAUUAUUAAUGAAUUCAAUCUAGAAGAUAAAAGAUGGUUCAAUGAUAUGUUUGGAUUACGUGACAAAUUGAUACCUGCAUACUUCAAUGACAUAAGAAUGUCUCAAUUGAUGAAAACCACUUCAAGAUUAGAAAGCAUGAGCUCCUUCUUCAACACUUACUCUCAAUCUGGAAAUUUACUUUUACAUUUCAUGAUGAACUAUGACACAACAAUUUAA